GUCAUGACGUCGACACGUCGCAGUUUUUCGGCGCGAAAUCCCUCGCCCGAAGGUGCGCGCGAGAGUGUAAACAGUGCGCUGAGCUCGGGGUGCAAGCUCGCGUUUCUCGCCGCGUUUGCUCUAGGCAAAGUUUAAAGGAGGAGGAGGAGAAGAAGAAGAAGAGUCCGUUAGCGCCGUGGACAGUGUUUCGUGUCGGAGAGCAUGGCGGACUCCGACGACCUGAGCGGAGGAGAGGAGAGCCGGGAGGAGCUGAUGACCCCGGCCGAGCUCGUCUCCAGACUCGAGGAGGCUUGGCUGAAUGAGAAGUUUUCUCCUGAACUGCUGGAGAACAAGUCCGAGCUGGUGGAGUGUGUGAUGGAGCAGAUCACGCACAUGGAGGAAAACCUGCAGCGGGUGAAGAAAGGCGACCUGAAGGCCAGCGUGCACCGCAUGGAGAUCGAUCGCAUCCGCUUUGUUCUGAGCAGCUACCUGCGCUCAAGACUUCAGAAGCAUGUUGUGCGGUUGUUGUCUCACCUGCAGAUAGAGAGGUUUUUCCCUCACGUUUUGGAGAAAGAAAAGUCGCGUGCUGAUGGAGAUCCUUCAUUUCUCUCUCCUGAAGAGUUUGCCUUCGCUAAAGAGUAUCUGGCCAACACGGAGGUGUACCUCAGAAACGUGGCUCUGAAACACAUGCCCCCGAACCUGCAGAGCAUCGACAUGCUGAAGGCUGUUCCUGAGCCGUGUCUGGACUCGUUUGUGUUCCUGAGAGUGAGAGAGAGUCAGGAGAAUAUCCUGGUGGAGCCUGAGACGGACGAGCAGAGGGAGUAUGUUGUGGACCUGGAUGAAGGUUCUCAGCACCUGAUGCGUUACCGUACUAUAGCGCCUCUAGUGGCCAGCGGUGCGGUGCAACUCAUUUAAACCCUCAGGAACUGAAUGGAGACGCCGCAGAGGAACAGAUCGCCCGUGUACUCCAUCCCAGCUGUGAACCUCUGCCAGCCUCUCAGCCCCAGGAGCACGUCUCUAUGUCUGAAUCCAAGCCCACUUACCUCUUAAAAGGCCUAAUUCUCAUCACGAACUUAUUGAGUUUGAAAGCGCUAAUCUGUGAAAACAGACAAUCUUCGAUGCGUUCCGACAGAUGGAUGAGUGAAAAAAGGUUUGGGUUGUGCAAAGCCCGUCUGAAGGGAUGUUUAUCUGGAUUGAGUUGCAAACGUCCAGCAAAAUGUCAUCACGCACUGACAGCUCAGUUAUUGCAGUCCGAUCAGAAACUGGUGAACCUGACGCUCUUGCUCUGAAAAGGAAGCUGUGGUUUUCUCUGUAAGUGGGGAAGUUAUUGGUUUGGAUGUGUGAGGUCAUUUAAGUGGUUUUGCCGUUGUGUUAGAAUAAAAUUAUAUUAUUUAUGCUUCUA